UACUGCUACAUGUAAAUUCGGCCUAAUUGUGAUCGGAACUUUUUUGUUCGCCAAUUUCAAAUUACUAUAUAAUAGUAUACGUUUUAAAGACUGAACUUUUUUCUGGUACCAGAGACAAUUAAAAAAAUGGCGUUAAACUAUACUAGAUUAUUAUGUAAAAAAAAUUUAGACGUUUGUCAAUUUCGAGGAUUGUUUAAAACUACUUCUUUGAAUAUAUCCUCAACUGGUUCCAAAUUAGCAGCAGUGACAUCAUGUGAAACUUAUUCAGAGAGAAAUCGCCGUUUGAAACGACCACUGUCACCUCAUUUAAGUAUUUACAAACCCCAGUUGACUUCUAUGCUGUCAAUUACUCAUCGAGGAACUGGGAUAGCAUUAGCUUAUUAUGCAACAGCAGCUGGAUUAACGGAACUUUUUCAUCCUGGUGGAAUGAGUUGCCUUAUUGAGUCAAUAAAUUCUAUAGGUUUACCAAUGCCAUUACUUUUUCUUGGAAAAUUAAUGCUAGCAUGGCCAGCCACGUACCAUUACUUUAAUGGGAUCCGGCAUUUAUCCUGGGAUUUAGGAUUAUUUUUGACAAUCAAACACGUCUAUAGCACUGGAUGGACAGUUCUUGGUACUUCUGUCAUUACGGCACUCAUAUUAGCUGCGAUGUUUUAAUUUUAUUGAUAAUUAAGUAAUGAAAGUUCGUAAAAAUUAUUAUUGUUGAGUGAUUAAUUAUUAAUUUUAAAUUAUUAUGUAUAUAAUAAUUUCAAAAUAAAAGUUACCAAACUA